AUGGCCGCCGAACCCAGAGCAUGCGACAUCUACAGAACUCGGGACGUACAGGGCUUCCACUUCCGGGUGAGCCACCCGGCUACCAAGAAUCUCGCCGCCGGCCAGUACGUCGAGAAGGUCUUGGCGUUAGUCAACGGAUUCAGGGUCACCGCAAGAUGCUGGCCCCGCUGGGAAGGCUUCAUCAAACUCUCCGUCGUCAUCACCAGCUUGCUGAGCCAACAGAGGGUCCAGCCUCCCAAGGUGGCUGCGGCAAGCAUAGAACUUCGGAACAGGGACGGGCUGCCGGUUCGCACGGGCAGACAGCAGCCUGAAACCGUCACCGGAGAUUGCUUUGGAGGAACCAUACUCUACGUAAACAGAGAUGAGGUCGAGAAGGAUUGUCUCGUAGACGACCACUUCACCGCGAUUUGCACUGUGACCAUCCUAAGAGACUGGCCGCCAUUGGACCUUCCCGUUCCUUACAAUCUAGGAAGCGUCAUAUUCACCAUGCCAGAUCUCAGCGAUGUGUCCUUCCAAGUAGGGGGACACACUUUCAAAGCGCACCGCCUUGUUCUCGCCGCCUGCUCACCGGUGUUCAAGGCGAUGCUGUUCGGCGAGAUGGUUGAAAACAGGGCAAGCACCAUUGCUAUCGAAGACGACACGAGGCCGAACACCUUUGGAUGCAUGCUCUAUUACAUGUACCACAAUGUGCUGCCGCCGGCUGCAGCCGGGAUGGGCGACGCUGCUGAAAAGACGGAGUUUCAGCAUCUGUUUCUAGCUGCCGAUAAGUAUGGAUUGGACAAGCUGAAAGAGACGUGCGAGGAGAUGAUGUUCGCUGGCAUCACAACAUCCACGGUGCUGUCGAUCAUGGAGUUCGCGGAAGAGCGUACACGCCCUAAACUGAAGGCCAAGUGCCUUGAUUUCCUUACGGUUCCUAGAAAUUUCCAAGAGGUGGCUGCAACUCAGGAGUACCUUGAUUUGAUGACCAAGCUCCCGUCUUUGCUAGCCGAAGUACGGGACAGUUGCAAGAGACCACGAAUAGUGGUGUGA